ACGUUAUUUACCGAAACAGUCUCUCUCUCGCUUCCAUUUGGGCACGGAGAGCGCGUGUGUGAGUCAUCCAACCCCCGUGUCUCUCCCUCUCUCUCCGGGACCUGGAUUCGCCUCUCUCCCUUCCCUCUCCUCUGCUCUCCUGCGCACGGGACACGGACAUACCCAGCAACAUGCGCACAACGCUUUACGCACGGGACAUACCCCCACUCCACAGCGCUCCGUGAAACAUGCGAAGUCUGGGCUGGAUUUUUACCUGUUUAAACUCACAACAAGGACUAUUACGAACACAUCCGCGCGUUUUCAGUUCCGAGUCACCUCCAGAACAGACGCCGCCGUCGCUACGCCAGUCAGCCGGGUCCGUCACCAUGUCGCCCGAACGCCUUCCCUCAUCCAAGUCGCUGUACAUCGUGAUGGAAGUGGUCAUCGCCGUGUCUUCCGUGGUCGGUAAUGUCAUGGUGGUGUGGGCCGUGCGUAUAAACCGCUCGCUGAGGGACACCACGUUUUGCUUCAUCGUGUCGCUCGCUCUGGCUGACAUCGCCGUGGGAGCGCUGGUGAUCCCCCUCGCCAUCACCAUCGACGUGGGGCUCCAGACGCACUUCUACAGCUGUCUGCUCUUCGCGUGCACCGUGCUCGUGCUCACGCAGAGCUCCAUCCUCGCGCUGCUCGCCAUCGCCAUAGACCGUUACCUGCGCGUCAAGAUCCCCAUGAGUUACAAGCGCGUGGUGACCGCUCGGCGCGCUGGGAUCGCCGUGUUCCUGAGCUGGCUCGUGUCCAUUGUGGUGGGACUGACCCCCAUGUUCGGCUGGAAUAACCUCCACAAGCUCCAACAAAACGACUCCCUCGUGGUGACGUGCCAGUUCGAGACGGUCAUCAGCAUGGACUACAUGGUGUACUUCAACUUCUUCGGCUGGGUGCUGCCCCCCCUACUGCUGAUGCUGGGGAUCUAUGCCGAGAUCUUCUACAUGAUCCACAGACAGCUCAACAAGAAGGUGAUGUCGAGUUACUCCGACCCGCGGCGAUACUUCGGUAAAGAACUCAAACUGGCCAAAUCUCUGGCUCUGGUUUUGUUUCUGUUCGCCGUGAGCUGGCUGCCGCUCCACAUCCUCAACUGCAUCACGGUCUUCUGCCCGUCCUGCAACAAACCCGCCGCCCUCGUGUACGUCGCCAUCCUGCUGAGUCACGCUAACUCCGCCGUCAACCCCGUCAUCUACGCCUUCCGCAUCAACAAGUUCAGGACGGCGUUUAAGAAGAUCUGGCAGCAGUACGUCCUGUGCCACGACCCGGUGGGGAAGCUGCCGCAGAGGGGGAGCCAGAGGAGCCAUAGCCGAGACACCAGGCUAAGGCAGAAUGAGGACGACGAUGACGUGUGAUGACAGCUAGCAACGUUAGCCGCGGACUGUUUAUGCUAACGGCUAAUGCUAAUGUGGAGCCCUGGUGAUGAAUAUUAGCAACACUAGCCAUGAACUGUUGAAGCUAACGGCUAUUGCUAAUGUUUACAAAAGGAGGAUUGGGAAAGUUCCAAAUGUAAAUGCAAAUGAAAAUGUAAAAACUAUUGAUACCAGGAAUGUUUUGCAGCUUAAGUAUGAAGGAUUGAACCAGUUUUCUAAGACCUAGAAGUCCUAAUUUAAAAAGUCUCGAGUUAUUCCUGUUUUAAAUCUGUAACGUUUCUGGUUUAGGGUCCGCCACCUGCUCGUCUCCAUGGAGAUGUGAUUCAUUGGUUAUAUGCAACUUCAUGAGGAUUUUUUCCCAUUCAAAAGAUGUAAUAUUUUGCUGUAAAUUGUUGAUCUCCAUGGCGGCAGUCUUAAUCUUAUGCUAUACACGUUUCUAUCUUGGUUUUAUAAUGUUUCAAGUUUUGUUAAGUGCUCAAAAAGACCUUAACAAACAUGCAGGGACACAAGGUCACGGACUCUUUCUCCAGAAAAGAUAUAUAGUGCACCUUUUAAGUGCUGGUGUAGACUUGGUUCAGACCUGGUUUAGACCUGGUUUAAACCUAGUUUAGGCCUGGUUUAGACUUGGCUUCAGACCUGGUUUUUAGACCUCUUGUAGACCUGUUUUAUCCCUGUACUCACCCUGUGUUAGUGAGAAUGUCUCAUUUUAACUUUGUAAAGAUGAAAAAGUAAAUGUAGAAUUGUAAAGACCAUGUGAGUUUUGAGGACAAUGAAACACAGAUGUGUGGAUUCAAAUCCUGCAGAAAUCAAUGUUUCGGAUCAUGAUUUUCUACUGGGAAAAAGGGCUUAGUAUAUUUCCACUGGAGGAAGUGGGACUGAGUGUGGACUGAACACUAACCUGCUGAACUUGAAUAGAGAGUAGCACAUGAAGAACAGUGAACUUUGUAUUGUGUUUCUGAACUAAACUAAACCUUUGGUUUGUGUGAGCUCAGUGUCGUGUAAGCCUCAUUCACAUCCUGUCUGUGGCCUUUGCUCAAAUACUCUGAUAUAGACACAUACAGUAUAAACUAGAGUCACAGCAGCUUUUCUUUACACACACCUGUGUUUAAGGGACAUUAUGUAACUUUACUGGUAGAGGGGACGCCAUCUGCUUCAGUCUGUCUCCAUGAAUGUUCCACUGUAUAGCAUUAAACUGAUCUAGCUUGCAUCUAUUUAAUUAGAAGAGGUUUUAUUACUUAAAACGACCUUGAAAACAUGUAUUCUCCAGUCAGACCUGAGACUCGACUUGGACUUGAGGGUCAAUGACUUGGAACUUGACUCGGACUUAAGGCCUGUGACUUGAGAAGACCUGAUGCUUCUCCUAAAAAUAUAUAUGUUUUUAAAAAAUACAUUUCUCUUUACAUACAUGUGGUGCUUAAUUUUACAGGAAUAAAUUGGAACAUGUCCCUCCUAGUUCUGUUUGUUACUUUGGAUGGAACUGAAAUACUGUGAGAUUGUAUCAUCAAAUGUACUACAGUACAAUACAGUACAAUACAGUACAGUACAGUACAAUACAGUGCAAUACAGUACAAUACAGUCAUAUACAGUACAAUACAGUACAAUACAGUACAAUACAGUCAUAUACAGUACAAUACAGAAAAACUGAGGGAACUACAGAGAACAUGAUCCUUAAAUGUCAGUGCAGAAUGCAAGACAUUCUGUUCUUACCGUAAUGACAUACAUUAAGAUCUUGUCAAGACAUUUGAGAAGGCAAAAAAUGCAUUUUCAAAUACUCAUAUAUAAAUAUACCAUGACUUUUUAAGUACAAUUGAAUUAAUAUAAAUUGCAAAAAUCUAAGAUAUAUUUGGUUUUGGUUUAAAGACUAGAAAUGACUUGAACCUAGGGAUGCACUGAUACUGAUACUGGUAUUGGAUAUCAAGCUUGAUACUUACUUAAUGUACUUGUUAAACAUUUGUCGAUACCACACACUGAUACCACUAUUACACGACACAUUAAUGCAGUAUCACUGUUAUGAGAAACCAGGAUAAAUAAAGUCACUGUACAUGAGUGAAAUUAAAUAAAGAGCUGCGCUGCACAGGUACGACUUACACACGUAUGACCUGCAUGUGUAUGAUGUCUGAAAAGUUUAACAUGAACCAUCUCCCAUCCCAAUAGAUACACACAGAACAGACUCAGCAUCAGCAGCACAUCCUCUGUCACAGAGAGAACACUCAUAUUCCACUGAGUCGUGUCCUUUAGUCGACAGAAGCUGAACUACAUCAGCAGCACAAGGAGAGAGACGUUUUUAUCAGCACUUAUAGUUUAUGUAAAUGAGCCAUGUGGUUUUAAGUUUUGUUUCUGUAAAACAUAAACAAAUGUGGUAAAGCUGCAUUAAUCACAUUAUAAUCUCAGGUUGUUUGUAUUUUUCCUGCCUUAUUAAUUAUAUAAUUUUUGCACUUGCGCAUUCAUAAGAUUAUGUCAAUAAACCAGGAUACUCCAUGUGAUCAUGUACACAGAGAUAUGAGUGUCCUGUUUCUCAGCGCACAUGUAAACAGCACAUCCUGAAUACUGAUAGAACAGGCAUACUGACACUGAAACACACUCAGUGUAUGUUCAUGGGGGUGGAGGUUAAAGUAUCAGUAUCAGUACUCAGUACAAGUACAGAAAUGAUUAUACUUGUAUCACUUUUCAAAAAAGUGGUAUCGGUGCAUCACUACUUGAAGCUCAAAGCAGACGACUUGGACUUGGACUUAUGGACCAGCGACUCAAGACUCGACUUGGACUUGCCUGUAUUUGACUUGGGACUUGACUUGGAUUUGAGGUCAAAGACUUGAGACAUUACUUGAGACUUGCCUGAUCCCGUCAGAUCUCAGAGGCUCAGCAGGACUGGGUCUGGUCAGUACUUGGAUGGAGACACUGGGAAAAUUAGGAGCCACAGGAGGCACCAGUCACAAAAAACUGUUGUGUCCUUAGGCAAGACACUUCACCCACAUUGCCUAGUAUGAAAGUGGUGUGUGUGUGAGUGAUGGUGGUGGUCAGAGGGGCUGAUAGCGCAGAUUGGCAUGACAGCCCCGCUUCGGUCAGUCUGCCCCAGGACAGCUGUGGCUACAAUAGUAGUUUACCAUCACCAGGUGUGGAGUGAAUGAAUAAUGAUCUGUAAAGCGUCUUUGUGAUUAAAUGUCUGUGAAAAGCGCUAUAUAAAUAAUAAUAAUAAAAUAAAAUAAUAAUAUAAUA